CUCUCCCGGCUAUCCCGGCUCCCGGCGGUCCCGGCGCGGCGCUGCGGAGGCGGCGGAGGCACCGUCGGGCAGGAGCAGGAGCAGGAGCCAGGAGCAGGUCAGCGGGGCGCUUUGGUCGGUGUGUAAACGGGGGGACCAGACCUGUUGCUUCUCCCUCCUCUGCCCUGCCGCGGGAGUUCAGCGCUCCCCACCGCCGGGAGGGGUUUAUAAACAGACGCGGCUCCUGUAAGUUAAAUAUUUAUUCUCGCAGCUCCGAAACUUGAGUUCGGCUGGCGGUUCAGUAAAACACACCGCUCUGCUGGCAUGGAACGGUCGGUUCGGUGCUGUCGGUAAUGACAUCCAGCUGCGACCAAGUUCUCUGAAGUGGAAGCGAGGUGUUCUCCGCCGCCCCCAGUCUGUAUUUGACAAUUGACUGGAAAAAAAAAAGAGUGGAAAGAGUAGAGAUCUGAAGAAAUCCCAGAUGAUGGCUUCUGACGCGAGUCAUAUGCUGGAGGCAGCUUUGGAGCAGAUGGAUGACAUCAUUGCAGGUACAAAGUCAGCUACAGAGUAUGCUAAUGGUGGUUAUGAUAUUGUGUCGCCUGCUCCAUCAGUGUACUUGGGCACAUUUCAAAUUCUGCAUCUCCUGGAAGAUCUAAAGAUGGCAUUGGAAAUGCUGGAGGAUCCUCAGGAGAAAGAGGCAUUGAGAAAUCAAAUUCCAGGGGCCACAGCAGUGUGUCUGCGGGCAUGGUUCGAAGAGAAUCUGUCACAGGUGAAUCAUCAUUCAUCCAAUAAUGAAACUUAUCAAGAAAGGUUGGCACGAUUAGAAGGUGAUAAAGAGUCACUCAUACUGCAGGUGAGUGUUCUUACAGACCAGGUGGAAGCUCAAGGAGAGAAAAUCCGGGACUUGGAAAUCUGUCUUGAGGGGCAUCAGUUGAAGCUGAACGCUACAGAAGAAAUGCUUCAACAGGAAUUGCUGAGUCGCACAUCGCUGGAGACACAGAAAUUAGAUCUAAUGGCUGAAGUUUCAGACCUGAAGAUUAAGCUGGUUGGUAUGGAAAAGGAACAGAGUGAAUAUGAAGAGAAACAGAACAAAGCUGAGUCAGUAGUGAACCUGAUCAGUGACCUACAGGAGCAGAUGUGUAGACUGCAGCUGGAAAUUAAUAGUAGAAUCCAAGAAAGAAAGUCUCAAGAUAGGAAACCAGACUUGACACCUAAUGGUCCUCAAUCUGGCCCAAGAUCAGUAGAGACUCUGAGCCAGAAGAAUUGUUCUCGGUGUGAUGGUUUGCUACAGGAACUUAGGCACCUCAAAAUUAAAGUGGAAGAGCUGGAAAAUGAAAGAAAUCAAUACGAGUGGAAAUUAAAAGCAACUAAAGCCGAGAUAGCCCAGCUCCAAGAGCAAUUGGCUCUCAAAGAUGCAGAGAUAGAACGCCUGCAAAGUCAGCUCUCUAGGACCUCAUCAUACAGCGAAGUGGCAGAAAGAGAGGAAGUUUAUAGGAGAAGGCUAAAAGAAAAACAUCAAGAAGUUCAGCGACUGAAGAUAGGAAUGGAAUCGUUAUUGGCUGCAAAUGAAGAAAAGGACCGUCGAAUAGAGGAGCUGACGCUGUUGCUAAGCCAGUACAGGAGGGUCAAAGACAUCAUGAUUGCAGCUCAUGGCUCUUCUGUCUCUGGUGGCAGUGAAGAGGAACUUGAGAUAACUUUAAGGAAGUGGAAUCUUUUGAAUAAUUCUCAAGGAGAAUUACUGAAAACAGAGGCCUCUUCAGGAGAAUUGUCACAAGCUGUGCUCCCUCCAGUGCCACACAAAGCUAUGGAAAUCAGUGGAAGCAUUCCAGUAUCUUCGACUAAUUUGACCUCUCCACAAGAAGAAUCUUUGGAAAUCAUAAAUAGGGUUCCACAGAAAAAAAAGUCAAGUAGUUUAGAAGACUUGCAGAGUGAAUCCCUGGAAAAGUAUGUAGAUGGAAAACCAGCACAGCCUGUUGUAGAACAAGAGAGUAAGCCAGUUGUGAAGGGCAGCAAGUACCAAACCUUGCCAGGAAAGAUGCCCCGACCCUUGCAGAAUGGAGAGCAGGGAACGUAUCACUCUCCGGACGGAUGUGGGACGAGCGAGGAAAACGGCGUCCCGGGCCUGAAUCGCAUCAGGAGUGUCAGUGCACCAGUGCUAGGAGAAACAGAGAACAUGGAUGGUACAGUAGUCUCAGAUGACCUUUCACCUCUUUCUUCGGGAACGGAUCCAAGUCCACAAUCUCCAUGGUCUCCAGAAAACAGAAAGAGUCCAAAAGGGAUCAAGAAAAUCUGGGGAAAAAUAAGAAGAACUCAGUCAGGUAACUUCCCUGCAGACGACCUGGGGUUGGCAGAGUUCCGAAGAGGUGGCCUCCGUGCGACGGCUGGGCCUCGGUUAUCCCGCUCCAAGGACACCAAAGGCCAGAAGAGUGACUACAACGCUCCCUUUGCUCAGUGGAGCACUGAGAGGGUUUGCAACUGGCUUGAGGACUUUGGUCUCGGCCAGUACGUCAUUUUUGCGCGGCAGUGGGUGACGUCGGGCCACACGCUGUUAACUGCCACACCUCAGGACAUGGAAAAGGAAAUGGGAAUAAAGCAUCCACUGCACAGGAAGAAAUUAGUUUUGGCCAUUAAGUCAAUAAAUGCAAAACAGGAUGAGAAGUCUGCACAACUUGAUCAUAUCUGGGUGACACGAUGGCUCGAUGACAUUGGCUUACCUCAGUACAAAGACCAGUUUCACGAAUCCAGAGUUGAUGGGAGGAUGUUGCAGUACUUAACUGUGAACGACCUUCUCUUUCUGAAAGUCACCAGUCAGCUGCAUCAUCUGAGCAUUAAAUGUGCCAUUCAUGUGCUGCAUGUCAACAAUUUCAACCCCCACUGCCUACGCAGGAGACCAGUUGAGGAGAACGUGUCACCUUCUGACGUGGUUCAGUGGUCCAACCACCGAGUGAUGGAAUGGCUCAGAUCAGUGGAUCUGGCAGAAUAUGCACCAAACCUUCGAGGGAGCGGAGUGCACGGGGGCCUGAUUAUUCUCGAACCUCGCUUCAACGGGGACGCGCUGGCCAUGCUCCUGAACAUCCCACCUCAAAAGACCCUCCUGCGCCGCCACCUCACCACCAAUUUUAAUGUAUUAAUUGGACCAGAGGCACAGCAAGAAAAAAGAGAAAUAAUGGAGUCAGCAGCAUACACACCUCUGACCACCACUGCCAAAGUUCGGCCAAAGAAACUUGGAUUUUCCCAUUUUGGAAACUUAAGAAAAAAGAAGUUUGAUGAAUCAACAGACUACAUUUGCCCUAUGGAUACAAACCCAGCUGCUACGAAUGGUACUCCAAAAAACUACGGUGGAUACAAAGGACUUAGUCCUUUCACUGAUAGGGAACUGGAUCAGAUGGAACACUCAGAAGGCACAGUAAUGCAAAUAGGGGCUCUUUCUCAAGGCAUAAGCCAGCUUACGACGCUGUUAAGCCAGGAUGAAAUGCUGAAUGACAGCAAGUUUUUAGCACCUACCUUUGAAGACUGGAGAUGAUGUUCCAGCGUGACCAAGAACACUACUCAUACCUCAUGCCUGUCAGGAGUGGCCAGGAGCAGCUGGAGGCCCUGGUGCAGGAUGGCUUUACCUCUCCUCUACUACUGUGACUUAGCACGUAGCAUUUAAUGUAGCCACACCUUACAGGUAAUUCUCCUCUGUGCUGUUUUUCCACAUAGUGUCAUAUGAAAUAGGGGUUGGGAGAAGAAUGGGACUCAGAUCCAGAGUCUGGAAAGCCAAGACUGGCACCAUGUUUUACCCUUUCAUUCAGUCCUCUUUUACAUGGUGUGUUACAUGAAAGACCUUUUGUAAUUUUUUUAUUUUUAUAAUUCACUUGUAACGCAGGAAUCAUUAAUAAACUAUUGUACCGUGUGGGCUUCCAUCAGAGCCACCUGGAAAUGGAUGCUGGUGAGUGCAGCAGUGAUGGCUCACUCAGUACUACUCUGGUCUUGCCAGACUGGUUCCCAUAAAGGAUUUUAAUCUCUCAUCCCUUUCACUAGCACAAGUCCGGCUCUCUUUUUAUCUAAGUCAGUGCAGUGUCAGGAAGAAUGGAACAUAAUGCUGUCCAUCAAGCCCUUGAUUUUAUCAGGAGGACAAGAAGCUAGCAUAUUCACAAAUCUUUGUCUCAUGCAAAAAGAUGCUGAACUACAGCAGGAUUGUAACUGCAAGACUACCAGAAAAGUAUCAUAAUAAAAUAAAUAUUUAUUUCUUUAAAACACCUGGCAAAACAGAUCUGUUGCUAUUCUGCUGAGCUAGGCAUGACUGCAGCAGAGGGAAUUAUGGCCUCUCAGUACUUACUUGAGGGGCUGCUUGAGGGUGAAAGUGUCUCCUUUACAGCAGCAAUUACUUGUGGCACCUGUUUACAUGUGCCUCUCCUGUAUUAAUGAGCUAUUAACAAGCUAUGUUAGUAAAUAGGGAAAUGCCAGACAGAAAUCUGCUUAGCUGUAAGGAAAAGACUUUGUGGCUGGUUUGCCUUACUCUCUGACUCUUGCAACACUCAGACUGCAGGGUGUUGUUUUACAUACUAAUAGAGCCUGAGGGCAGGUCACUCCCAGCCACAACCCUCCCAAAUAAAGGGGAAAUCUCCAGUAUUGUCCAGAGCGUGCAGCAAGGGCUCUUUGAGAACGACCAGUGGCACUUUCUGAAGGUGACCUAUCCUCCUCUCUCCAUGAGUUUCUCAUGGCAGACCUUGGAGUGUACGCUCAGAUUUGAGAAGCUAAACACAUGAUUUUUAUGGUUCAAAAUGGUAAAGCUGAGGCAAAUUCUCUUCAAGUUGCUGAAAAAUUAAAUGACAAGGGAAAAUCCAGAGGCAUGAGAUGUCAGUCUGCACAUCAGCCAACUACAAAUGUUUAAUAAAAGUUAUUAAAUGUACCAGUCUGGCAAUGCAGUCAGUACUAGUGACCAGAUCAGGCAUCAUGGGCAUUUGAAAUACUUUUCCAGGUUAAUUAGCCAGCAGACUGCAAAUGGGAUAAACUGCUCCAGCAGAGGCAGCCUUAGUAUCACUGGGAUAUUCCAAACACAUUUUCCCAUUUCUUUCAAAGCUGUGUUUAUAACUCAGCGUGUUGUUGUGCUAACUUGGCUGUGAAUAGUCAAUCUACAAAAUUAUUGAUUUUUUUUUUUUUUAAGUAUAAGUAGUAAGAAAUCCUAAUUAGCUUAACACUGGUAUAAAUGCUUAUUUUUUGACUGUUACCAAUAAAUUCUGGAUGUUCCUUUA